AUGUUUGAUGGCCGGCAACCAAGCGAGCUUGGCGGACGUUGCCAGCUGGCAGGCCGUUGUCUGCCAGCUGCCCACCUCAACAAUUAUGCUGCCCAUUUAAAAGUUUUUUUUCUGCUUGUCAAUGUCUAUUCCCCCAUCUACACACCAUCCAACUCUUCUUUUUUCCCCCUUCCAGACCGUUCUUCUCGACCUCCUGUUUCUGUUACUAGGCAAACAUCUACGGUCUCCCCGACUCUUGUACAAAGAAUCAUCAUGCUCAAGCUUGCCACCGCAAUUGCCAUCCUCAAUGGCCUCGCUCCCCUGAGCAACGCUGAGAAGACCGACAACGCCACCCUAGUCCUGUGUGACUGUGGUAUCGGCGACAACAAAGAUCAGCCAUCGUGGUCUACCUCCCGUCAGAUGAACUGGUACAAGUCCCUUACCUGGCCCGACUCCGUCAAGAAGUACCCUGCAGCACCUGAUAUGGCCGUCGAGGUUCCCUUUGGCAACGGCGUCUAUCCCUGGAACCCAACUGGAGCCACUGAAAAAAUGCCCAACGGUGAUGUCUGGAGCGUCUACGUCGAGGAGCAAACCCCCGAGGGCUUCAAGGCCGGCAAUGCUGUUAAAAAAGAUGGCGAGACAUUAGACUGCUGGUCUUACCAUGGACGACCCAUCAGUGCCGCUGUCAACAAGACCGCCAACCAUGAUGCAAUUUGCUGGUCUGCCUUUGUUUGCAAUAGCAACAACUCCCCGCCGAAGCGUCCUUCGGAUAUGACCCCUACUACGACUAGCCCUUCUGCCACUGCCCCAAGCACAUCCGAUUUCACUCAGCAGCCUACUCCCACAGAAUCCUCAGGGAGCAAGGUACUCAGUGUUGAUGCUGGCGUGAGCCCUCGAUUCAUCAAUUGGGCCAACAACUGGGACGCUUUCAUCAACAAUUUUGUCUGGGAUCAAAUCACUGGCAAUUGCGUUGGCGGUCCUUUCCGAGGUGAUGGAUUCACCAUGACCUUUGAGUGCUCUGGUGUCCAGAUUGACUCCGACACACACAUGACUCUCCAGCUCAUCAAGGCCCUUCGAGACGUUGGCAUGAACAGCCUCUGGUUCAACCAGAAUCCCAUCAUCCCCGGCACCAAUGUCUCGACAAACGGAACCAUCCCAACCCCCCCCAGCUGGGUUGUCAUGCCUGAAUCCCUUUCCCUCACCGCAACAGAUGUUGCCGCUCAAAAAGUGCUUGGUCACUUGUCCUACACUACCAAGUAUGACAACUUCCUCGCAAACCCAUGCUCGACUUGCGAGACUGCUCGAUUCAAUGCUGGUUUCUUUGACCCUAUUCUCGAGGCCAUGAAGGGAACUUUCCCAGAAUACAAUAACUACCACGUUCAAGCCGUUUGUGACCCAUGGGUGGUCUGCUUCUAA